AUCUCGCUGCUCCGGGUCAAAUCAGCGAGUCGGGUCGAAAAUUCACCUGAGAAAAAUGUUCGCGAGGCGGCUCUCGUCCUUGUUCAAAGGAUCUUCAACCUCAAGCUCGGACAAAGCCGUGAAAGUUGGGACAUUGGGUUCUUUUGGUCGCAAGGCAGUGUCUUUUGUCUUGAUUACAGUCACUGGUGGUGUUGCUUUGAGUGCUCUCGAUGAUCUUUCUAUCUAUCGUGGAUGUAGCAGCAAGGCGAUGGAGAAGGUGAUGAAUAGUAAGGCGAUGAUUGAAGCCAUUGGAGAGCCAAUUGAGAAAGGGCCAUGGUACAAUGCUUCACUAGCUGUUUCUCACCAAAGGCACUCAGUGUCUUGUUCAUUCCCUGUGAUUGGACCACAAGGCACCGGAAUCUUGCAUCUCAAAGCUGUUCGCAAUGGAGAAGAUAGCAUGUUUGGGUUUCUCCAGCAAAGGGACUGGGACAUUCUGAUAAUGGACGCACUUGUCCAUGUCCCGUCAAACGAGGGACCCCAACAAACCUUGAGAAUCAACGUUUCUAACAUCGUUGAUCCUUCGCCUGGUACCGACGAUUCACCUGGUACCGACGAUAAACCUUCGGUACCACGAGAGCCAGAGAAGAGUUAAACAGAGAGAGAGAACGCUUCGUGGAGCUCCUGGCUAUGGGUUUUAUUCCAUUCCAUUCCAUUAUAUCUUGUGGAGCAACAGAGAGAAUUGGGUCUUUUUUUUUUUUUGGUACAAAGAAUUGGGUCUUUUAUUUACUAAUAAUGAACACUUUCUUUU